AUGAAAAUAAAUCUUUAUACCGUUCUGUUAUUCCUCCUUUUCAUUAAUUCUGUUUUUUCUUGGAAAAAAGAUGAGUUCAGAAACUGCAAUCAGACCCCAUUCUGCAAACGUGCUCGAUCCCGGAAACCCGGUGCCUGCUCUCUUAUCGCCACCGAUAUAUCGAUUUCCGAUGGAGAUCUCAUAGCGAAACUCAUCCCCAAAGAUAAAGUUGAAGAAAAUCUGGAUAAUCAAGAAAAUCUUGACAAUCAAGAAAAUGGCACUGUUAAGCCUUUGGUUCUCGCAAUAUCUGCGUAUCAAGAUGGCAUCUUGAGGCUCAAGAUUGAUGAGGACCAGAGUUUAAGCCCGCGCAAGAAGAGAUUUGAGGUUCCCGAUGUGAUCGUGCCAGAGUUUUUGAACAAAAAGCUGUGGUUACAGAAUUUAAAAACCGAGAAUAGUGAAGAUGGGUUGUAUAUCUUGUCCGUUAUUUAUCUUUCUGAUGGAUAUGAUGGUGUGAUUCGGCAUGACCCAUUUGAGGUUUUUGUGAGGGAGAGUGGGAAAAAUGGGAAAAAAGUGUUGUCUUUGAACUCAAAUGGUUUGUUUGAUUUUGAACAGCUGAGGGAGAAAAAAGGAGAAAAUGAGGAUUGGGAGGAGAGGUUUAGGAGCCACACUGACACGCGGCCGUAUGGACCUCAGAGUAUUAGCUUUGACGUAGCAUUCUUUGAUGCGGAUUUUGUUUAUGGCAUUCCGGAACAUGCCACUAGUUUAGCCUUAAAGCCAACUAGAGGGCCUGGGGUGGAGGAUUCUGAGCCAUAUCGGCUUUUUAACCUUGAUGUGUUUGAAUAUAUUGCUGACUCGCCUUUUGGACUUUAUGGUUCCGUACCUUUCAUGAUUUCCCAUGGGAAGUCGCGUGGGAGCUCCGGGUUUUUCUGGUUGAAUGCUGCUGAAAUGCAGAUUGAUGUUCUGGGGGCUGGUUGGAAUGAUGAGUUUUCUUCUGUUUUAAUGUUGCCUUCAGAUCAAAAGAGAGUCGAUACAUUGUGGAUGAGCGAGGCUGGUGUUGUGGAUGCAUUCUUUUUUGUUGGUCCGGGGCCAAAAGAUGUGGUUAGGCAGUAUAGUAGUGUGACUGGAACGCCAGCGAUGCCACAGUUGUUUGCUAUUGCUUACCAUCAGUGUAGGUGGAAUUACAGGGAUGAAGAGGAUGUUUAUAAUGUAGAUACCAAAUUUGAUGAGCAUGACAUCCCAUAUGAUGUUUUAUGGCUUGAUAUCGAGCAUACGGAUGGGAAAAGGUAUUUUACGUGGGAUAGGCUGCUGUUCCCUAAUCCUGAAGAGAUGCAGAAGAAGUUGGCUGCAAAGGGUAGGCAUAUGGUCACUAUUGUGGACCCUCACAUUAAGAGGGAUGAAUCUUACUAUAUACAUAAGGAGGCGUCCCAAAAGGGGUAUUAUGUAAGGGAUGCAACUGGGAAGGAUUUUGACGGGUGGUGCUGGCCUGGUUCGUCAUCAUACUUGGACGUGUUGAAUCCAGAGAUUAGGUCUUGGUGGGCUGAAAAAUUCUCUUAUGAGAAUUAUGUUGGUUCAACUCCAUCCUUGUACAUCUGGAAUGACAUGAAUGAACCUUCCGUCUUCAAUGGUCCAGAGGUCUCAAUGCCCAGAGAUGCUUUACAUCAUGAUGAUGUUGAGCACAGAGAGUUGCAUAAUGCCUAUGGUUACUACUUUCACAUGGCUACUUCAGAUGGGCUGGUUAAACGAGGAGAUGGAAAGGACAGGCCAUUUGUUUUGUCAAGAGCCUUUUUCCCUGGAAGUCAAAGAUAUGGAGCAAUCUGGACAGGGGAUAACUCGGCUGAAUGGGAUCACCUAAGAGUUUCCAUUCCGAUGGUUUUGACACUUGGUCUUACUGGGAUAUCAUUCUCUGGUGCGGAUGUUGGUGGGUUUUUCGGUAAUCCUGAUACUGAGUUGUUGGUCCGCUGGUAUCAAGUGGGUGCCUACUAUCCAUUCUUUAGGGGACAUGCUCAUCAUGACACUAAAAGACGGGAACCUUGGUUAUUCGGAGAACGGAAUACACAAUUAAUGAGGGAAGCCAUACAUACCCGCUAUAUGUUUCUCCCUUAUUUCUACACACUAUUUAGAGAGGCAAACAUGAGCGGCGUUCCUGUUGUGCGUCCACUAUGGAUGGAGUUUCCAGAUGAUGAACAAACUUUCAGCAAUGAUGAGGCAUUCAUGGUUGGUAACAGUCUCUUGGUGCAAGGAAUAUAUACUGAGAAAGCUAAGCAUGUAUCCGUAUAUCUUCCUGGAGAUCAAUCAUGGUACGAUGUUAGAACCGGAGCUGCAUACAAGGGAGGAGUGACUCACAAGUUGGAAGCUUCUGAAGAUAGUGUUCCUGCUUUCCAGCGGGCUGGUACAAUUUUACCAAGGAAAGACAGGUUUCGUCGGAGCUCCACACAAAUGGAGAACGAUCCUUAUACUCUGGUUAUUGCUCUCAACAGUUCCCAGGUAGCUGAAGGGUGGCUUUAUGUUGACGACGGGAAGAGCUUUGAAUUCCAGCAAGGAGCUUAUAUUCAUCGCCAUUUCAUGUACUCUGAUGGAAAGCUUUCAUCAUCUUCAAACGUGGCCUCUACAGGUUCUGGCAGUAAGAAAUUUGCCUCAGAGUGCGUGGUGGAGAGAAUAAUACUUUUAGGUUUUUCUCCUGGAACGAGAAAUGCCUUAAUUGAACCAGCUAGCGAAAAGGUGGAUAUUGAACCGGGGCCCCUCCUGCUUCGAGGAGGACGGGGCUCAUCUGUUCUCACUAUCCGCAAGCCUAAUGUGCGGUUCUUGGUCCUUGGUGCUGGAAAAUUGAUUCAGGGUCACUAA